CCCGGACCGGACCUCGGCCUGAGGGUCGAGGAUUUCCUAAUGUGGAAAUGGGGCCCCGCAAUUCUCCUCGGCCUUCUCCUCUUUCUUGGUCUCGCCUCCUCAUUCUCCCCACGGUGUAUACAGUCCACGCUUCCUCAUCCCAUCCAAUUCCUCAUUUCAUUCUGGUAUCACCCACUGGUGCAUGCAAUACACCCCUGUUUUCCGAGAUCCCUGGCUCUGACUAGAUUCAUCACCGGGAAACCCUCAAAAUCUGGAACUUCUUCCCCGCAUCUGCCACCACCAUGGUAGUUCCCGCUGUCCGAGUGGCCCCUUCGGCUGCAAACAGAGCUCUGGGCCUCCUCCGGACUGUCCAGUAUACACAUCCUCCAAACUGCCCUUGCCACUCAAAUCCCAAUCAUCACCAUCAUCACCGGUCGACGUCCCUGGCGGACAAUGUCCGACGUCAUCUGGCAAGCCCUGUUGACGCCUCCCGACAGAAGGAGUAUGCUUUCGAAAUGGCUGCCUCUAGUAUCCGGUUCGGUCCUGGAGUCACCAAGGAAGUCGGAAUGGAUUUCAAGAAUCUAGGGGUGAACCGCGUGUGCAUUGUGACCGACCAGAAUGUCGCCAAGCUCGACGCCAUGAAACAAGCCGUAGAGGGGUUGAGCCGGGAAGGAAUCGAGUUCACUGUGUUUGACAAGGUGAGGGUGGAGCCCAAAGAUAGCUCGGUCAAGGAAGCUAUUGCAUUUGCCAAACCUUACAAUCCAGAUGCUUACUUGGCUGUCGGGGGCGGCUCUGUCAUUGACACCGCGAAGCUGAUGAACCUGUAUACUGCCUACCCGGAGGCGGACUUCCUUGAUUUCGUGAACGCACCGCUAGGUAAAGGUCUUCCGGUGGAUAAGAAACUGAAGCCGCUUGUGGCAGUCCCAACGACAGCAGGCACAGGCUCGGAGACCACAGGUACGGCAAUCUUUGAUCUGGUUUCCAAGAAAGCGAAAACGGGAGUGGCCCACCGUAAUCUGAAGCCUACGUUGGGUAUCUGUGAUCCUCUCAACACGCGCACCAUGCCUUCCGCUGUGCAUGCAUCCUCCGGUCUGGAUGUCCUCUGUCAUUCCCUGGAGUCGUGGACUGCCAUUCCGUUCAACGAACGAAUUCCUCGCCCGACGAACCCGAUCAAUCGACCGGCAUAUCAGGGUGCCAACCCCAUCUCCGAUAUAUUCUCACUGCAGGCCCUUCGCAGCACGGUUAAGUACCUUCCGCGCGCGGUCAAGGAUCCCGACGACUACGAGGCGCAGUCCCAGAUGCUUCUGGCGGCCACACUCGCCGGUGUAGGGUUUGGGAAUGCUGGCGUCCAUCUCUGCCAUGGCAUGAGCUACCCAAUCUCCAGUCAAAACCCAGGGUACAAACAUGCCGGCUACGCUGUCGAUCACACGAUCGUGCCGCACGGAGUCUCGGUCGCGAUCACGGCACCGGCGGUCUUCCGAUUCACAGCCGCAUCCAAUCCCGAUCGGCAUCUGGCCGCAGCCGAAGCAUUUGGCGUAGAUAUCUCCAAUAUCAAGCGUGAAAGUGCCGGUGAGGUUCUCGGGGAGGCGAUCACGGAAUUCCUCAUCAAACUAGGCGACCAGCCACGGGGCCUCAAGGCUCUCGGAUUCAAGGAGUCCGACAUUGAUGGACUGGUAGAAGGGACCAUCCCCCAGAAACGGGUUUUGAUGCUGGCACCAACGUUAAGCGAGGAGCUGGAGGCAGAGAAACAGGAGUUGCGGAAGUUGCUUGAACAGUCGAUGGAGUAUUAGAUUGACUGGCCGGGCGUUACCGUCAAAAAAGCUUCUUUUGGCUCUUGAACUUUUUGGCAUGUACAUAGCAUUGGAUCCGAAUGAUUUUCGGACAGCGUCUGAUUGGCAAAGAUUUUCGGCCGACGAUUCUUAGGUUUUGUGCCUUCUUGGCUCUUGGUUACUACCAAAGUCUACCACUGCUACUAUUAUUGAUAUGUUCGGCUUCUCACCGAACCAACCGAUUGAGCCCGAAUGUAGCCCUGAUCCGUUUCCUUUAUACGGCAG